AUGAACGGGGAGGCUUCUCAAAAAGAUCAAGGCCAGACAACCCAACCCACUCAGCCCACGCAACCGAGCGCCUGGGAUGCGCCUGGCAAUGACGUGCUUGCACAGGAGCUGAUCAGCACCGGGGUGGUUUGCAGGCUGAUUUGCACCACUAGCACUGAUAUAUGUCGCGGAAAAGGCUACAUUGAUGUGAUAUUGAAAACAGAUACCUUGGAGGAUAAGCAGGAAUGGAUAUUUGGACGCAGAGCAGAAAGUUGUGACUAUCCGCUGAAAACCAAGAGCAACAGGAUCAGCAACAAGCAUUUUAAGCUCUGGAUGAGUACCAAAAAUUCCAACGGAGGAGCAAAUGGCACCUUAAUGAUCCAGGACACGGCUACUAAUGGAACCUGGGUCAACGGGACCAAACUUAUCAAGGGAACGAACUACAUCUUAACGCAGGGCGACGAGAUCAGUAUAGGUAUAGGAGUUGCUGCAGACGUGAUACGGUUUGUGGUGCACUUUCCGAAAAAUGGUGCGCGCGACGAAACGCCAGAGCGAAACAGCAAUAGCUCGAAUGCAGGGAUACAUAUGGAUUUUAUUGUGCGAGACGAGAUCGUUGGCUCUGGCGCUUUUGCUACAGUCAAGAAAGCCAUUGAGCGAGCCACAGGCGAAACGUAUGCCGUGAAAAUCAUUAGCAAGAAGAAGGCAUUAACAGGAGGUCUGGAUGGAGUGACCCGCGAAUUGGAGAUUCUCAAGAAGCUGGACCACCCGGGGAUCGUUAGAUUAAAAGCUUCAUACGAGGACGUGGAAAAUUACUACCUGGUGAUGGAAUUUGUUCCUGGUGGAGAUCUGAUGGAUUUCGUGGCAUCUUACGGAUCGGUCGGAGAAGCUGCAGGCCGCGAAAUAGCGAAGCAGAUUUUACAGGCCAUUGAUUAUGUGCAUUCGAGAGGUAUAUCACAUCGAGAUCUCAAGCCAGAUAAUAUUUUAAUAGCACAGGAUGAUCCUGUGACUGUUAAAAUUACAGAUUUUGGACUGGCAAAACGCCAGGGCAUUGCCAGCAUCAUGAAGACAUUUUGCGGAACUUUGGCCUAUCUUGCGCCUGAGGUUAUUUCUGGUAAAUACGGGGCCAAGAUGGCUACAUCCAAAAAACGAUACAUGGGCAAAGGGCGCGUUUUUGAAGAUUCCUACUCAAACAAGGUGGACAUCUGGUCGAUCGGGUGUCUUGUCUUUGUGAUCCUCACUGCGCAUUUGCCUUUCAGCGGGUCUACGCAGGAGACGCUAUUCAAAAACAUCACGAAUGGAAAUUACCACGAGUCUUUGUUGAAGGAGAACGGGAUAUCGCUUGAAGGGCGUGAUUUUGUGAAUCGACUUCUGGAGACCGACGUGUCGCUGCGUCUGGACGCUCGCCAGGCACUGCAGCAUCCGUGGAUCAACGAAAUGAGCACCAUUGACUCGCAAGUGAGUCUUUCGCAGAGUCAGUCUCACCAACAGCGUCUUUCGCAAUCUCUGAGUAUGAAAGCAGAACCACCCGUUUUCAAAGUUCCACAGGUACCAAAGCCAAGUCAGCGAGCGCACACCGCUGGCGUGGGCGAGACAGAUGAGACAAUACAGGAGAUUGAGUUCAUCGAUUCUCAGCCUCUAUCUCCACGAGAGCAAAACAGAGAGGACGAAAAUGUCCCCCCAGGAACCUUCCUAACUCUGAAGCUUAUACCGUCGGAACUGGCGAAUAAGUACGAGCCCGUGGUCCAUAUCAAGCAAGGACAACCAUUCUUCUCCAUCGGGAGACUAGACACAUUGGACUAUACCAUCUCCGAUGAAAGAAUAUCCAAAACCCAUGCUGUGAUCCUUAAAAAACGUCAUCCAAUCGCAACAGCCUCCUCUAUCUACGAAUCGCCAGCUAUGGGAUUGGAGGAUAUCUGGAUACUGGAUCUGAGCACUAAUGGAUGCUAUGUCAAUGAUCAAAAACUUAAAAAAGGUAACAAGACUAAGCUUUUCAACGGUGAUGUGCUGAGCCUGUUCAUUGACAAACAACGGGGAGAGAAAUUGGCUUACAAGGUGGUAAUAAAUGAUACAACUGGACUGUUCAAGGGAGCCACGAGGGAGGAGAGAAACGUGAGCAUAGAGCCGCAAGAUGAGGCAGACCAGAAGCUUCCGCUGCUAAAGAAAAGACAAUCCAAUAAUAUCGAUAAGAAGAGGAAGCACGCAGAGCAGCAUGGAAUCAAUAAAAGGAAAAGAGCAGAUUUGAGUAACUACUGA